AAUGACUACUUGUACACAUUCCGCUCUAUGGUUUUCAAAUCACAUGCAGAUUUCGUGUAUUUGGUGUCAAAAAGCUGUCGUCGGCUUCCGCUGAUGGUUAACGUUUGGCGCGGUACUGCACUUCUACUAGCGUUUACAGCUUCAAGCAUGGGCGCAGAAGUCUGCUCUGCAACCGCUGGCGACGCCACCGAGGCAGCAAGCCAAGAAACGCGGACACUAAAGGUAGCAACGAUACCAAUUUCAGAGCAAAUAUUUACUACUUCGCUGCUUCCGGGCGAGAAGGAGACUUCAGGAAUUGAUGGCCAUGCUGCCCACAGCUCGACUGUAAUACCAUUUAUUCCACGCACGGCCUCUUUGUCCAAGCAACUGCGGGUCAUUACGGGCCUUAUUGAACGUAACCGUGCAGGCGGUAUCCAGUCUUUUAAACUCUCAGUUAACGACGCAAGAUGGAAAACUCCACUACAAGCAGAUAUGAGAGUGGAAGAAAUACUCAUGCAGUAUGGACUCCAACCAGUGCCCACCCCAGCUACAGGAAAUUGCCAAUAUUACGCAGUAGCGAUGUCUCUCCUCGACUUACACUUCGACACACCACAGCACGUUGAAGCUUUGGAACAAAUGACGCAGCAGUUGAAAGGGGGCAUUGAGGAGGCGAUUCGUCAUGGUUACGACGUGGAAUUUCCGCACGAUAUUCGACAGGCCAUUUUGGUGAGUACUCAACUGGAUGCCGACCAGCAGGACCUCACUAUACCCGAGACGGAGGAGGAAUCGGAUCUGUUUUUCCUGAAAUUAUUUCAAGGCAUCGCGGAGUCUCCUUCAGGAACGUCUGCUUUUGUGCCGACGGAGUUCUGGGGAACUGAAGUUACACUGCGCAUGAUGGCAAAGCUACUCCAACAGUCGAUCUUCGUGGUUAACGCUCCCUACGGUCUGCAGACGCAUGUCGAUUAUCUAGUCUACAAGGCCGAACAAGUGACAAAAGACGGGUACGAGCUGAAUUCAGCAGAACAACAUUUCAUCACCAGAUCAAACAUCAAGCUGUGGUUGAGACAGCUUCAGCAAGCGUGCGAGGACUCCAGCUCCUUGACAAACCCACCGAUCGUGCUCCUGUUCAGUAAUUUCCACUACAGUCGACUGCAGUUUGUCGAACUCACGAAUGUUGAAAACGAUAGAUCAGAGUUGUAGACAAGCUAUUCGAUCGAGAGGAGCUUUUUUUUCUGUCAGUUUGAGCGCGUACACAUCGUUUGGUUAACCUGAGGAAACUGCGUGUUUACCUG